CAGUGUGUAGGUGAACGGCUGCUGUCCAAGGUUAACCACCCUCCCUCCUCCUCAUCAUGCUCUUCCUGAAAGUUGCCAUGAUUUUCAGGUUCUUGGAUAUUUUAUUUACUAAGAGACAUACGUGAUUCACAUUUAAUAGCCCGAAUAUAUAGAAGAUGUAGGUGUUAUCCCAUGGCGUUUGUGGAGAAAACGUACAAGUGUCAAAAGAGGUUUGUGUGGCAGCAGGGAAAGGGAGGUGUACAUUGUGGUGUGCUGUGCUCGUUGUUGGUGCUGUUGAAGGUCGUGGUGCUGCUGUCACAUUUACCAACACUUCCGCUUGAAGCUUCAGGUCCUGUGUGGACAGCACGAGAGGUGGAGGGAGAGGCUGGUGGUGCUGAGCUGGGAUAUAAACUUCUGCACUCUAGUUGAUGGUACUAUGUCAGUACGCCUUCACCGUGUUUAGGCGUAACCUGCAGGAUGAAGGAAGCUGAACGUUCUCCUUCUCCGGGUGUGGGCACGGGCCGUGCAGGACCCAGAGGGUCGGUGGCAUCACUGAGCUCACUAGGUGGCAGUGUGCAUGAUGAACUGUUUCGCUCUCCACGACAUGCAGAGGCAGCUUUGCGUCGUAUGGAAGCAUACUAUGCCCGGGGCCAGCUCUGUGAUGUUACAUUGGUGGCAGGAAGUCGCCGCAUUAGAGCUCACCGACUGGUGCUGAGUGCGGCGAGUGAUUACUUUGCUGUCAUGUUCACAUCUCCUGUACUUGAGGCCACCCAGGAGGAAGUAGCCAUGAGAGAUAUGGACUCAGAUGCUCUCCUCACCCUGGUCAACUACUGCUACACAGGUAAGUCUCUCUCACUUUGAUCUGCUAGUUGGUUC